GGGUAUAAAGCCAGUAGGAUUCCAGUUUCACUACAACAGGAGACAGCAGGUAGGAGAAGACGCCACAGACGGAACAGACCAUAUACUACUGUAGUGUACCUUUACAAGGAGCCAUGGUGAAGUGUGUAGCCGUAAUUCUGUCAGGGUGUGGAGUCUAUGACGGGACUGAGGUCCACGAGGCGUCAGCUGUACUGGUCCACCUCAGCAGGGCUGGAGCUAAGGUCCAGAUGUUUGCCCCCAACGUGGACCAAAUGCAUGUAGUGAACCACUGUGAGGGGAAACCCACAGCUGAGAAACGCAACGUCCUGGAGGAGAGUGCUCGAAUCGCCCGCGGCGAUGUGUCUGACCUUGCCAAGCUAGAGAUCACCGCCUUCGACGCCCUCGUUAUCCCAGGUGGUUUUGGCGUGGCUAAAAAUCUGUCUGACUGGGCUGUGAAGGGGAAGGAGUUCACGGUUCAACCCCAAGUAGAGAAGCUGAUUAAGGGGUUCCACGCUGCAGGCAAGCCCCUGGCUAUGUGCUGCAUCUCCCCUGUCCUAGCUGCUAAGGCCCUGCCGGGGUGUGAGAUCACCGUGGGACAGGACAAGGAGUGUGAGAGAUGGCCCCAUGCCCAGACGGCAACUGCCAUGAAGGAGCUGGGCUGUAAACACGUGAAUAAGAAAGUGGGGGAGGUCCACAUCGAUGUGAAGAACAAGCUGGUCACCUCCUCCGCCUUCAUGUGUAACGCUCCCGUACACGAGGUGUUUGACGGGGUGGGCGUCAUGGUUACAGAACUGCUCAAACUGGCCUAGGACACGUCUGAGAUUCAGAAUACUGAUUAGCUGUGCUUCUCAAAAGGCACCCUGUUCCCUUUAUAGUGCUGAUGUGACCUUCUCAAAAGGCACCCUGUUCCCUUUAUAGUGCUGAUGUGACCUUCUCAAAAGACACCCUGUUCCCUUUAUAGUGCUGAUGUGACCUUCUCAAAAGACACCCUGUUCCCUUUAUAGUGCUGAUGUGACCUUCUCAAAAGACGGGAAGCGGGAGCCAUUUGGGAAGUGACCUCACAAUCAUGUUUGUUGUUGUUGUUGUUUGUUUACCUGGAGACCCUCCUGAUCGGAAUGUAAUGGACACACAGAAGAAGCAGAAGAAGAUAGUGUUUCUGUUGCUUCAUCCGUCUGACUGUGGGAUGAAUUGUGUUUUUAUCAACAUCGUAAUAAAAGUAAAACCAAA